CUUAGACGACUUCAUUACCUCACCUGAGACAUAAAACAUUCCAGUUUGCGCGCUACUUUCACGUGAUGUAUCGCCGCGUAAAAUGAGCGACAAAAAUUCGCCGGAUAAAGAAAAAAAGUACGUGUUGAGGCCUCCGAAGCUUCCUAAACUCAAACGGUCCGCGCUUCUUAUCAAAAGACUAAAACUCAAACCAAAAGCUAAAGAUCUCACUCUGGAGGUACCGGGGCCAUCAGACACACGAUACCUGGCACCCGCUGAGCGUCAGACGCCGGAAGGGGACGACAAUUUUAUUUUGACGAAAUCGGCGUCUGAAACGAAUUUGGAUACUUGGAAAGUUGAGGAUUUGAAAGAUAGUGCGGAACAAUCUUCGGAGCAAAGCGUAUUAACAGUAGAGAGUGGAAAGGCAUAUUUGAGUCCAGAGGAGAAAUUGCCUGAAAAGACUAAGUCUCUAGAGGAUCUCAAGGAUAUGCCAGCUUAUGGGGAGCUUAUAGUGGAUCAAGCGGCUACUAGGUCAAAUGCAAACCAGAACAGCAGUAAGCCAAAGGACCACCUGUACAAAAUACUAGUGAUUGGAGAUCUCGGCACUGGGAAAACUUCGAUAAUCAAACGUUACGUACACCGAUUCUUCACACAGCACUAUAGAGCCACCAUUGGUGUUGAUUUUGCUUUAAAGGUUCUCAACUGGGAUGAUAACACUCUCAUUAGGCUCCAGUUGUGGGAUAUUGCAGGUCAAGAGAGGUAUGGUAACAUGACAAGAGUGUACUAUAAGGAAGCUGUUGGAGCUUUCAUCGUAUUCGAUGUAACCAGAAGGACUACUUUUGAGUCAGUAGUGAAUUGGAAGUCAGAUUUGGAUUCAAAAGUACAGUUGCCCGAUGGAUCUCCAAUACCGUGUGUUCUCCUAGCGAAUAAGUGCGAUCAGCCUGCAGAGGGCAUCGUGAGUAAUCCAAGCAAAAUGGACGAAUAUUGUCAAGAGAAUGGAUUCGCAGCCUGGUUUAAAACUUCAGCAAGAGAUAAUAUCAAUAUUGAUGAAGCAGCUCGAGGUUUGGUAGAAAAGAUUCUGGAAUGUGAUUCUUUAAUCAACAAUGAAAGAGAUAAAGAAACCGACCAUUUCUCGCUAACCAAGGACUCCAACGGCCAGCCAGAGAGCCGGAAAUGUUCUUGUUAAUUUUUGGAACCUUGUUAUCUAUCACGUUUUUCAUAUAUCGUCAUAACUGCGAGCCAAAUAUCAGUCGUAUACCAGUCACAUUUUGUAUAAUAGAUCUUACAUUGCAAAAGAAUACUCACGAAAAUCUUGAUUCCACAACUAUAUAAGAAUAAAUUCAUAUUUAUAAAAUCAACAAUUACCUAGUCCUCAAGAUUAUAACCAUUGUCCAUAUUAUUUGCUAUGAUGACUGUUCUUCAAAAAGUUAUAUAGCGUGAUAAUAAAUUACCUGUCCAAACUUCUGAUUCCUUGGAUGAUCCUAAGAAAAUUUUAUAUAAAUAUAUUCGGUAAUGCUUCGUUUUCAAGGUUCAAAUUAUUUUUAAAAUCAUUUUUGCUUGAAAAUUGCACCAACUCUUCCAAUUUUGUUAAUAUUUAGCAACUACAUACACGUAUUGCUGACAAUUUGAAUUUAAUCAUUUAAGAAAAACAAUUUGAUAGCGAGAUUUAAUUCCGCAAUUUUUUCCUUUGGGGGUUUGGGUUUUAUUGAUGCGUUUUUUAUUUAAAUUCAAUCUAAAAUUCCAUUGUAAUUAGGUUCGUAAAAGAUUUAAAAUUCUUCCUGACCAUUAAAUCUUCUCUUGGCGCUGGAACCUACAAAAUUCCAAUAUAGCGUCCAUAUGAAAAAAGCAAAGUUGGUGGUGGAAGUCUAAAGAAGAAAUGUUGAAUUGAAAACUUGACUAUGCGACCUUGUAGAGAAGAAUAAAUAACAUUGACAAUAUGCAAUUUAUUUUGAAAUUCCAUCCCAAAUGAAGUCAGGAAAACAUAAAAGUGAUUUUGGCAUAAAUCUGGUAUGGGAAACAAAUAAUGACUAUCUGAUAGUUUCAAAUUUUUCUUCGAAAUAACAGAGGUUUGGCAAUGUCAAUGUAUGACGUAUUAUACAUUUUUGGAAUCAGAAUUAAAAACUCUUAAUUUAUGCACGAAUCCAAUAUGGCGUUCAUGAGAAAAAAUAAAGUUGAUACUGGAGGACAAGACACAAAACGUCAUAUUGAAAUUUUAAUUAUGCCAUCGCGUAGGGAAGAAAAGUGGCGAUGUUAGUGUACAAUUUAUUUAAAAUUCCACUACAAAUACAGUUAGGAAGAAAAGUUGAAACGAUUUUGGGAAAAUUCGGUUUUGUCCGUCUCUCUCCGGAAGUACUUUUAAUUUCGAAACUUUCUAAGCGGUAUUUUGUUGAUUACCUAAAUACGCAACUUUGCCUCCAUUUAAGCGAUUUCGCAUCUGUUACAGUUUCCUAGAUCCCAAUGGUAAAGGUCGAAUUUGAAAAACCCUGUAUGCUGUUAAUUCUUUAACAUCAAGAUCAAGAUGAAAUUAUAACGGACUAUACCACUAAAAAACGCACUAAACUUUAUCUGAAAGGCUGGGUCUAUAUUUGCAAUGGAAGGAUCUUUUGUUGACUGGACUAUAUGCGCUAGGUAUUUUUUAUAUUUUGUAAUUUAAAUGAGUUUUCGUGUAUAAGUAUAACUUUCCUUGUUGCGUAUGUUUCUUUUUAAUAAUUUAUAUUAAAAAUGUAUGAGACUGAUGU